AGUUCAUAUAUUAAUAAAUGUAAAAUAAAGGAGUAAAACUAUUGUGAGAGUUGUAGUUCCCAUUCGUAUAUGUGAACUUAUUAAGAGUCAAGCCAUGAACAACAUAAUCCUACAAGAAGAUGUUUCUUUAGUCAGUGAUGCAAAGCUGUGUCUGGUGGGACGCUUUCUUACGAAAGGAGUAAUCGAUUUUCAGGCGAUGCAACAAACAUUAGCAGCGUUAUGGAGACCAGGGAAGGGCGUACACAUCAGAGAAUUGGAUGUUAAUCUGUUCCAAUUCCAGUUCUAUCAUGAACUCGAUAUAAAAAGGGUGAUUGAAGGUAGUCCUUGGAGUUUCAACAGGAAGGUACUCAUCAUCUCACGGAUGCAGCAAGGAAUCAAUCCCAAGUGUAUCCCCCUAAACAGUAUUGAUCUAUGGGUUCAAAUUCACGACCUCCAGCCAGGGCUUAUGUCAGAGAAAAUAAUUACAGAAGUGGGAAAUGAAAUUGGUAAGUAUGUAUGUUCAUGUCCAACAAAUUUCAAAGGAGUAUGGAGGGAGUAUAUGCGAAUUCGAGUUACAAUGGACUUAUCUAAACCUUUAAAACGCCGGAUGAAGAUUAGAAAGUCAGGGAAAGAAUGGAUUUGGAUUACGUUUAGGUAUGAAAACGUCCCUACCUUUUGUUUCAUUUGCGGUUUAUUGGGUCACUCUGAGAAGUUCUGUAAUCAAUUGUUUGAGAAACUAGAAAACGAAAUUGUCAAGCCGUAUGGCAUAUGGAUGAGAGCUCCCUUGAAACGACAAACUAAGUUGAUCGGAGCAAAGUGGCUGUGUAACGGAGGAGAGGAUUUCCAGGCGUAUGCGGACGCAGGGGAAAGUUCCAAACAACAGAAUCCCGUAAAAUUGGCUGAUGGAGUAAUUCAGGGAGCUAAAAUCUCGGAAGUCAAUGAAGACAUAAAUGAAACUGAAAGAAUCCUGGAUAAGAUGAAAGAUACUGGAGAUAAUUCAGCAACUUCAAAUUCAAAUCCAUUGGGUGGUGUAGAUAAAGGCGGGAAGGUGGUGUAGAUUGAUUAAUGAAAUCAUUCUC